UACAAUAAUUUAUUAGACCAAAUCAUUUGUUUAAAUUUUUUUCAAAGAACGAACUUAAGCUAAACAUCUGGCAAUAUUAAUUGUUAAUUACGUAAAAUAAUCAGAAUCUUGUUGCCGGCUACGGAAGACAGUUUGUAUACGCAAGUUAUUGUGCAAGCCCUAAAACGAAUUGUUAGAAAAAUGGCGAAAUUGGAUGAGAAAAUCGGUUUCAUCGGUGGUGGCAAUAUGGCGUUUGCUAUUGGUUCCGGUUUGAUAAAUCGGGAAUUUGUAAAAACCUCACAGGUGCUGGUGUCGGGACCAAAUCUAGAAAAUCUUGCACGCUGGCGUGCGCUUGGCAUUGCAACCACAGACGAUAACUAUGAAGUACUGGACAAAGCCGAUAUUAUAUUCAUAUGUGUGAAACCACAUAUUCUCACACCAAUGGCUGCACAGCUGCGUAGCUUACACUCGCCUACUUUAAAAGAUAAGGAUAAGCUGUUUGUCUCGGUUUUAGCUGGCGUUAAGCUGAAGACACUUGAAGAGAAAUUCUCAUUUGUCGAAGGUUUAAAAAUGAUACGCACCAUGCCCAAUACGCCAAUGCAAAUUGGCGAAGGUAUCACCGUGUAUUCACCUGGUUCCUAUGUGAAACAACAAGAUUUGGAGAAAUUGCAUUUAAUGCUGAACUCUUUGGGAAUUGCUCAGCAGGUGCCCGAAUCGAUGAUAGACCCAGUAUCGGGAGUUGCUGGUUGUGGUCCUGCAUUUGUAUUUACAAUAAUUGAGGCUUUGGCUGAUGGUGGUGUCAAACAAGGAGUGCCCAGACAAAUGGCAUUGCAGUUUUCCGCUCAAAUGUUAUUGGGAGCGGCUAAAAUGGUUUUGCUAACCGGGAAACAUCCAGCUGUUUUGAGAGAUGAGGUUUGUUCGCCUGGUGGUGCUACAAUUGUAGGCGUACAUGAGCUUGAAAAGGGCAACUUGAGAUCGACGCUCAUCAAUGCUGUAGAAAAAUCCAGUGAACGUGCUACCGAACUUGGCAAAAAAUAAGAAUACGUAAACAAUAAUUCACUUCCAAUAGAGUAAGCAAUUUUUGACAAUUUUAGUUAAAAAUAAUAUUGCAUAUUUUCAAGCCUUUAUUGAUUGUAUUUUUCAAAUUUACAACUAAUCUUAUGUUUUAGCAAAUUAAAUAAACAUUUGUGAGUGUCAAAAUA